AGUAACAAACAGCUGACAAACAAACGUGUUGUGAAUCACGAAAUGAAACGAUAAAAUUCAAUUAUAAUCGCAGUUUAUUCAGAAAACUUGUAGUAAAAUGGGUUUCCUUACAAUAUUGAAGAAGCUUCGACAGAAGGAGAAAGAAAUGCGAAUACUCAUGUUAGGACUGGACAACGCGGGUAAGACGACGAUCCUGAAGCGGUUCAACGGGGAGCCGAUCGACACGAUCUCGCCGACGCUGGGGUUCAACAUCAAAACGCUGGAGCACCGCGGGUACAAGCUCAACAUCUGGGAUGUCGGCGGGCAGAAGUCGCUCAGAUCGUACUGGAAGAACUACUUUGAGAGCACAGAUGGCGUGGCCUGGGUAGUUGACAGCGCUGACACGAGGCGCCUGGACGGCUGCGCGAAGGAGCUACGUACGCUGCUACAGGAGGAACGUCUUGCUGGAGCAACUUUACUGGUGCUGGCAAAUAAAGCAGACCUGCCGGGAGCUCUCACUUUGCAGGAGAUCAGAGAGGCCCUAGACCUGGACAGUAUCAAGUCCCACCACUGGCGGAUCGUGCGCUGCUCCGCCGUCACCGGCGAGAACCUUCUCGAAGGCAUAGAUUGGAUGCUGGAUGACAUUGCCUCGAGGAUAUUCUCACUAGACUAGAUUAUAUAUCAUACUCUAGAUUUUACUAAUCGAAUAAUUCCAAUUGAUGUUUAUCGAGGUUUCAGAAUGAAAAUUCGAAAGUUUAUCUAAGCCAAUAAGAACCCUAUUUGAUUGAAAUAAGGUCUAAAUUAUGUAAAAAUUUCUGCAAUAAAAUAGAAGUCGAAAAUUUGAUAUAUCGGAUUAGCCAUUAUUGGCUACUGAUAUAUUUUGUACUGUAAAAUGUAAAGGUAGGAAAAGUUACCGCUUCACGCAAAAAAAAACAUUACGCAUAACUUUAAAAAGCUACAAAACCCUGUUAAAAGUAGCUUUCGAUAGCUCUUACCACUCUCAGAGAGCUCAUUAGUUGUCCUAUUAAGGAUUUGCCACACUGGAUUACAGUAAUAACAUAUACUAAUCUAUGACACUGGAUGCGUUCUGCGGGCAGCAGUCAAGUCAAACCCGCAUUAUGUAUGAACAACAUUAACAACAACCUUUGAAGUUGAAGUUUGACCUGACCGCUGCCCGCAGAAUGCAUCCAGUGUGGCAAAUCCUUUAUUCUUAUACCUUGAUAAGAAGGGUAAGAAGGCACGCGAAUUGGUAAAGGGUUCAGUCUUCAGCAUUACGGACUAGUUCCUGAUUAUGCACAUAAUAUAUUGCUAUAGGUUUCACGUGUAUGUAUUGGUAAAAGGAAUGCAGCAUAACAAUGAACUCCUAGACUAUUAUAUUUUAAUAUGCUCCUCGGACAUUGUCCAAUGUUAGGUACUUAU